AUGUCGGAGAAAACCAAUAUCCAACACCUUUAUGGUCGCCGGCCUUGCCCGAGCAUAGAGGAGGGACACACCUCUCUCGUACCUCCAUCCCCACGUGAGGUCUUGGAUUCACGACCUAGUACUGCCUCUGAGCCCGAUUCAGAAGCAUCUGGUCCCAAACCACAAGCAGUGACAUGGAUGUCACUACCUCGGAAAGAUCAAUUAGCCAUCCUCUUCUUCUCUAGAUUGGUAGAUUUCUUACAAAUUGCUUCAUUGCAAGCUUACAUGUUCUAUCAGUUGAAGAGCUUUGAUCCUGGCUUGUCUGAUGCUGCUAUUUCGUCACAGGCGGGAUCCUGCAAGGGUGUCUGUACUGCGGUGCUUUGGGGUAAAGCCGCUGAUACCUGGGGGAGGAAGAUGGUUCUCAUGAUUGGGUUGGUUGGAACAGCCAUCUCAUGUAUGGGAUAUGGGUUUUCGACGACGUUUUGGCAAGCGGCUUUGUUUCGUGCCUUUGGUGGUGCUAUCAAUGGUACUGUUGGAAUAAUACGUACCAUGGUUGCAGAGUUUACCAAAGAGAAGAAAUACCAAUCUCGGGCGUUUUUGCUCUUACCUAUGAGUUUCAAUGUGGCUGGUAUAUUGGGUCCAGUUAUGGGUGGAUUACUUGCAGAUCCAGCAAUGACACUCCCUGGUCUUUUCGGUGACCAAGCUGCAUUCGGAUUCGAAUGGCUUAAAUCAUAUCCCUAUGCUCUUCCUGGUAUUCUCAAUGCCGUCUUCUUAGCAACUACCGGCGUCAUCGUAUUCUUGGGUCUAGAAGAGACUCUUCCUUCGGCACGUGGCCAAUUUGAUUACGGAAUUAAUUUGAUGAAUCGGAUUAAACAAUCAAUAGGGUUUGGAACUAUUGUUGCCCCGAUUGAUUACUCUCAUCUUGAGACCUCAACUGAUAGCCUCGAGAACUUCGAACCUAAAUCAAUUACUCGUCCCACCACAAAUAAAUUACCCUUUAAUCGCAUCUGGACCAAAAACGUAAUCUUUACCUUGAUUACCGGCGCAUUCUUUGAUUUCCAUCUUGGAGCUUUCACAAAUAUCUGGUCACUUUUCCUCUCUACUCCGCGACCUACUUCAAACGAUUCACGAUCUCUUCCCUUUGUAUUCACCGGAGGUCUCGGUAUGCCUGCCGCAACAGUCGGCUUUGCAACAUCCAUUCUCGGCGUCCUUGGCAUGGCUCUACAAGUUCUUCUUUAUCCACCUGUGCACGCAAGACUUGGUACUCUCCUUUGCUUUCGAUUUUUCCUAAUUUUGUUCCCCAUCGCUUAUUUCGUUGCUCCAUAUUUGGCUGUAUUGCCUUCCAGUACUCUGGCGCCGGCGCCUGCUGCCGGGCCUGCGAUCUGGAUUGGCAUUUUCUUUGUACUUUUGCUUGCUGUUUCAGCGAGAACUUUCACGCUUCCUGCUACGAUUAUCUUAUUGAACAAUUGCUCGCCCCAUCCUUCUGUUCUGGGUACGAUACACGGAAUUGGACAAUCGGUCUCAGCGGGCUUCCGAACGGUGGGACCGGUGGUAGGUGGAAUUUGGUACGGACAGGGGCUGGAGAAGGGAGUAGUCGGAUGGGCAUGGUGGGAAACGGCAGUGGUGGCUGCGGCGGGAUGUGUAACAGCUAUGUGGGUUUAUGAGGGAAGUGGACAUGAAAUUUUCUUGGAAGGCGAGGAAGAUGAUAUGGAGGAGGUGGAAAUGCAAGGGCUGAUGAGAGAUAAUCAGAGAGAAAGAGAAGAGGGAGUUUUUGCUGAGAGGCAGGGGUUGAUGGGACAGAUGGGUGGAAGUACCAGCUUGGAUCUGAGAGAUUUGGUGGAUGAUGAGGUGGAACGGGGAGCGAUGGCUGGAGGUAGUAAAGGGGUUAGUCUGGAGGUUAGAAGGAGCUUGGCUCUGAAGUAA